CUAAAGCCCUAAUUCAAACCCGUAACUCCGUACAAACACCUCACGGUAAUAACCCACAUCGAUGCCAUCUCCAUUCGAUCAGCACUAUGCCUGAUUAGGUUCUAUGCUUCAAGCUGAUGGUUUUUUAUGUUUCUGAGAGAAAGUAGAUGUUUCUAUAAGUUUUGCAAGACUUGUCCUCUAUCCUUUGUCAAUAUUAAUAGUGUUUGUCUUCCAUUAAUUUCCAGAACCAUGAGAGAAGUUAAAGUUAAAGGUUCCUCUAGUUUGUGUACUCUGGGUGCUGUUGGGGAAUCAAACAUUCAGGAAUCUGUUUCUGUAAGUGAGGACCGGAGGUGCUCAUCCUCAAGUGUAAAAUCCACCCCUGAAUUGGAGAAGAAGUAUGUACAUCAUGUUUAUGAUGCUAUUGCCCCCCAUUUUAGUUCAACUCGUUUUGCUAAGUGGCCAAAAGUUGCCACUUUUUUAAACUCCUUGCCUUCAGGUUCGCUUGUCUUGGAUGCAGGCUGUGGAAAUGGGAAAUACUUUGGUUUAAAUCCAAAUUGCUUCUUUUUGGGUUGUGAUAUAAGUCCUCCCCUAAUUAAAAUUUGUGCAGAUAGAGGGCACGAGGUUUUGGUUGCAGAUGCUGUAAACCUUCCCUACAGAACUGGUUAUGGUGAUGCGGCGAUAUCUAUAGCUGUAUUACAUCACCUAAGUACUGAAAAUAGGAGAAAGAAAGCAAUUGAAGAAUUAGUUCGGGUUGUCAAAAAGGGUGGUCUGGUUCUAAUAACAGUCUGGGCUGUGGAACAAGAGGAUAGAUCUUUAGUUACCAAAUGGACGCCACUUUCUGAAAAGUAUGUGGAAGAGUGGAUAGGACCGGGCAGUCCUCAUAUCCGUAGCCCCUCUUCCUCAACAUUAGAAAGUAUUCCUGAAACAGAGGAACAUGGUGUGGGAGACCAUGUAAAAAAAUCCAAGGAGAGAUUAACUGACAAGUUGUGGGAAUCUCUGUGUUUAACCUCUCAAAGUGAAGAUAAUUCGGUGGUUUCUGAAGAUGAAAAAACCAUCAACGAUCAACAAGAAUAUUUUGUCCCUUGGCACUUGCCUUAUCACCGUGCUGAAGUCAGUGGUGCUUCUGCUAGUGCUCUUGCAAAUGGCCUGGCCAAGAAAGAUGAUAAAAAGGGUGCCGUGGUGUACAGCCGAUAUUACCAUGUCUUCACUGCAGGCGAACUUGAAAGAUUGGUGUCUGAUAUGGACAAUGCAGUAGUAGUCGAUCGAUUUUAUGACAAAUCGAACUGGUGUAUCAUUCUUGAGAAAACGUCAUCAUGAAUCCAUUCUCCUGUUACAU